AUUCCAAAAAUGGGGACUAUCUUUGUUACCAAAUAGUACCUACAGUGACCUUCUCUCUCUCUCUCACUUCACUUCACUUUUUUUGGUUUACAAAUAUGGCAAAACUAUUUAGUUGUUGUAGGCUCUGCAAAAGAAAGUGGAAAAAUGGAGGCUAAUAAGAACAAUAAUGUUGGAGUAAAUCAUCAUCAUCAUCACAAGGAAGAAGAAGAUGAUGAUGAGCUUCUCAAGAUCAGGAUUUCAAGCCAUCCUUUGUAUGAGAGGCUCGUUGAGAAUCACCUCAAUUGCUUAAAGGUUGGAGGCAUUGGAGAUAGAGGCAGAAAUAAUAGCAAGAGCAACCAAAGGAAAGCUGAGCAUAGUAUUAGUACUAAGAUUAAUCCAUGUUGUAGCAGCAUGCAGCUGAAUCAAUCAGAGUUAGACCUCUUUAUGGAAGGAUAUUGCUCGGCACUGAGCAAGCUAAAGGAAGCCAUGGAAGAACCUCAGCAGCAAACAAUAGCUUUCAUCAAUGGCAUGCAUUCUCAACUCAGGGACCUCGCUAGACCUACUCACCUCUCACCUGAUGUUUUUCUGCAAGAAACAGAAAGGAAUAAUUCAAAGUACGUGGAUUAAUGGUGCAAAAGUUGUGACAAUUGGGUACCUGAAAAAUGACUAAACUUGAAGAAGCCAUUGCAGCCAACCAAACCCCUCCUGCUUCAACAAUCCCUCUCUAACAUCAUUAUCCAAAACUUUGUAACCUAAGCUUAUUAUUUAUAUAUGUGAUGCUUGACAUCUUAUUUCCUUGAUAUAUGUUAUGUUGUACUGGAAGAUAGUUAAGCGUAUAUAUAAAUAGAUGUGCUGGCGGUGCCACUACAAUCUAUAGCACUUCAUAUCUAGUCUAGUAAUGGUUCUAGUUGAUAAGGUUGGUGCAUAUCAUUUUAACAAUAAAUCGAUGUAAUUAGUUCCUUCUUUCGUACCAGUUACAUUGAUAUGUUCUGUCCGAUUUUGAUCUCAUCGUAAUAUUGUGUAUUAGUUUGCAUAUGAAUAUUUUAUAUAUGAAAUUAAUUUAAUAUC